AAACGUGUUUAGGAUCACAUGAAACCAUUCUCUUCUGUAUAAUUUUGUCUGGUCAAGAUGAAGGUUUUUAUUUUUGUCUUUGUAUUUUGUAUGGUGUGCAUAUACAAUGUGCAAGCUUUUGGAGAAUGCAGUGCCGGAUUAACCAAAGGUAACCGAUGUGAAUUAAACCGACCUGAUGGAAGUGUGGAUCUAAAAGUUAAUGAAACAAGAGUGUUCAAGAAUACAUGCGAGGAAUGUGUCUGUUUAAAUAAAUAUUGGAUAUGCUGCAGGUUGGGAUAUAAGGACACGUAUGAGAAACAACCCGGAUGUUUUAAGAAGAUCUACGACAAUUGCUGCUACCAAUAUUUCCAUUUAUCCGAUGACAAUGUUCCUUGUGCUCAAAAGCAGUGUCUUGAAGACUAUUAGUGCUGAGGGUUUGAUGACUGUUAGGAUAACGUUCACAGUUCCUGCUUUUAGGGUGCCGAUUGCUCUUCCAAUAAUUAUUCUGGUCCAAUUUCGUAUUACUUAUAACGACAAAAACAUUUGAUGCAAUAGUCAUGAUCUUGGUGGUGCAAACGAAUGCAUUCACAAAUGAACCCUUUUGCUAUUUUUGGUAGCCGAAAUGCAUACUCCAUUACGAUCCAAAACUAACUUUUAAAAUUGUACAAUAUGCUUCGCCAGUUUAAUUAGAAUUAGACCAAACUUUCGUUUUGUUUCGAUUUUAGCAUUUACUUCAGUUAGGGUCUAAAGACGACCUUUUUGAACAUUUGUAUUUUUGAUGACAACAAGCAAUUCAAAUUUUUUCCCUCUUCAAUGCAGGGAUUUUGUGACGCGAACGGUGUCUAAUGCUUCUCUUUUGUUCACCUUUAGUGACUAUAUUAGAAAUAAAAGUUUAUAUUAAACGGAACGAAAGUUUUGACUGGCUGCUUCACUAUCUCAUUUGUGUUAUUUAUCUCUAGUUGGAAUAUUCCUUUUUAACGAAUUGUUAACUUACCAACAAUUUCGUACCAAAAGGGAUAUAACCAAAGGAAAUGUAUUAUGUCACCGCGUUUCAAUUGAGUGUAUCAACAUUUACUUUCCUUACAAACGUAAACUUAGUUCUGAAGAAAAAAUUCACGAACUCUGGAUGAUGUACCUUAUAAUAUGUAAUAUUUUAGAAACCUCUUUUUUAGACUAUGUACAAUGUAGAUUACGCAAUCUAAGGAAUUUCAAGGCCAUGGACUAAAAUCGGUGAAAACAAUAUUUUGAUGAAAAUAUUAUGGUCUUGACAUUGCUCCGUCCCUGCUCUUCCAAUGUUUUGUAUCAAAUCAAAUUACAAAAUUUUAAAAUAAUAAACAAAAAGCUUAAA